GGCUCGGUCACUUUACAUCGCAUAGCCGAGAAAGAUGGGAACCUGCUCGAAGCGAGUGAUCCUCACGUUCUGCGCGCUGCUAGCUGUCCACGUGGCCGUCGCCGCCGCCGGCCUCACCGCGGGCCAGGAGCUGGCCUUCUACGCUGCGGAGUCCGGAUGCAAGGGGACGAUCGGGGAGUGCCUGCUGGCAUACUCCGGCGGAGGUUGGGACGAGGACGGGUCCGAGGAGUUGGGGAUGGAGUCGGAGACCGCCCGGCGGAUGCUCGCGGGGGUGGGGAGGUACAUAAGCUACGGGGCUCUGAGGAGGAACUCGGUGCCGUGCUCCCGGCGUGGCGCGUCGUACUACAACUGCCGGCCCGGGGCACACGCGAACCCCUACCGUCGCGGCUGCUCCCGGAUCACGCGCUGCCGCCGCUGAGAGCUCGGCCUCGGCCAAUUCGAUUAGUACGCUCCAAUCCAUUGCUCCGGCGACUUGAUUUGAUUGCUAAUCGCCAUUUAAUUUUCUCUGUUUGUAUGGGGCUUAUGUUUAACUUUGUUGGGGGUAUAGUGUAUUUUUGUAUAAAGGGAAAGAGGGUAUCUAGUUUAAUUAAUUACUAGUGGAUGGCGAAUAAUUCCGAUGAUCGACCGCUUUAUCGUCGUGUUUGAUGUGAUGAAAUCGACGAAACUCCUCGCAUUGUAUGCGCAUUCGGCAAAUUUAACCCGAUUGUAAUGACUAUUGCUUGAUCUAGUGCGUCCAGUGGUCUCAAUGUUCAACAUUUCUUUAUUUU